GCAGCAGCAGCAGCGUCAAUCGCAGCAGCAGCGCCCUCCCUCCUGCCCGCCCGGCUGCGCGUGUCUCCGCCUGCCUCGCUCUCUCGCUCUCUCUUUUUUUCUCUCUCUCUCUGCGCGCGGCGGCGCCCCCGGGACUGGCAUUCCUCGUUCCUUCUUCCUCCGCCGCCUUCCUCCUGGAUGCUGCGCGGAGAGAGGGAGGCGCCGAGGAGCCUGCGAGGAUGGCGAGGAGCCCCGGUCCCAGGCUAGCUGAGGAGGAUGCUUGCAUUCACGAUGUCCUGAAUGUGGAUGGUGGAAAAAAAAGGAGACGUUAGUUCACAGAUACCCUACUCUGUUCCUUUUUAUUUCCUUCUACUUAUUUUGAGUUUAGGCUAAUGCACAGCCUUUGUUGGAUGUGACUGCUCUGCCAUGUGGCUCCUGAGGCUAAAGCCCCAUUUGUCAGUCAGCAUUUGGACCCUGGUGCUUCUGGGGAAUGCUUGGCUGCCAUUGUCAGAAGGUACUCCCAAGUCAUCAUCUCCCUUUAGGACUUUCCAGGUCACAGACUGGAGUUUGACACACUUGGUGGUCCAUAACAAAACUGGGGAGGUGUAUGUGGGUGCUAUCAACCGGAUUUAUAAGCUUGCAAGCAAUCUGACACUGAUGCGCACUCAUGUGACAGGGCCAGUGGAUGACAAUGAAAAGUGCUAUCCACCCCCGAGUGUGCAGUCAUGCCCACAUGGACUAGUCUCCACCAACAAUGUCAAUAAGUUGCUGCUGGUGGAUUAUUCUGGCAACCGGCUGAUAGCCUGUGGCAGUGCUUCUCAGGGCAUUUGCCAGUUCCUACGCUUGGAUGACCUUUUCAAGUUGGGUGAGCCUCACCAUCGCAAGGAACACUACCUCUCAAGUGUUAAUGAGUCAGGAACUAUGUCAGGAGUCAUAAUUGAAGUACAGAAUGGGCAGAACAAGCUCUUCAUUGGGACACCCAUUGAUGGCAAGUCUGAGUACUUCCCUACCCUAUCCAGCCGUAAAUUGAUGGACAGUGAAGAAAAUGCAGAGAUGUUUGGCUUUGUAUAUCAGGACGAGUUUGUCUCUUCUCAGCUGAAGAUACCAUCAGAUACUCUCUCAAAGUUUCCCACAUUUGAUAUCUACUAUAUCUACAGUUUUAGCAGUGAGCAGUUUGUCUACUAUCUGACCUUGCAACUGGAUACCCAGCUUACCUCACCUGACUCUACUGGGGAGCAAUUCUUCACUUCCAAGGUGGUUCGCUUGUGUGUAGAUGACCCCAAAUUCUAUUCCUAUGUGGAAUUUCCCAUUGGAUGUGUUAGAGAUGGCACUGAAUACCGCCUGAUUCAGGAUGCUUACCUCAGUAAGCCAGGAAAGGCUCUGGCCAGGCAACUGGGCAUUUCAGAGGAUGAGGAUAUCCUAUUCACAGUAUUUUCCCAGGGCCAGAAGAAUAGAGUCAAGCCACCAAAGGAGUCUGUACUUUGCCUAUUUACACUGAAAAAAAUAAAAGACAAAAUCAAGGAGCGCAUCCAGUCUUGCUACCGUGGAGAGGGGAAGCUUUCUUUGCCCUGGCUUCUGAACAAGGAGUUGGGUUGCAUAAACUCACCAUUGCAAAUCGAUGACAAUUUCUGUGGGCAGGAUUUUAACCAGCCAUUGGGUGGAACAGUCCCCAUUGAAGGAAUGCCUCUCUUUGUGGACAAAGAGGAUGGCAUGACAUCUGUGGCUGCUUAUGACUAUCGUGGACACACUGUGGUUUUCGCUGGCACACGAAGUGGCAAGAUAAAAAAGAUUUUGGUGGAUUCUGGCAAUCCUAUCGGACGUGCGGCAUUGCAGUAUGAGAAUGUUGUGGCCCAUGAAGGGAGCUCCAUCCUUCGGGACUUAGUGCUGAGCCCUGAUCUCCAAUACCUUUAUGCCAUGACAGAGAAACAGGUGACGCGUGUGCCAGUGGAGAGCUGUGAACAAUAUACAACCUGUGCACGGUGUCUAGGCUCCAGGGAUCCUCACUGCGGUUGGUGUGUCUUACACAACAUUUGCUCACGGAAGGAUAGGUGUGAACGAGCAGAUGAACCUCAACGCUUUGCUUCAGACCUACGGCAAUGUGUUCAGCUUACUGUUCAGCCAAAGAAUAUAUCAGUCACAAUGUCAGAAGUCCCGCUGGUUCUGCAGGCCUGGAAUGUCCCUGACCUUUCUGCCGGUGUGAAUUGCUCAUUUGAAGAUUUUACAGAAUCUGAAAGUCGCAUUGAUGAUGGUAGGAUCUACUGUAGUUCUCCUUCUGCAAAAGAUGUCAUUCCUAUUACUAGAGGACAAGGUGAUAAGAGAGUAGUAAAGCUCUACCUCAAAUCCAAAGAAACUGGGAAGAAAUUUGCAGCUGUGGAUUUUGUCUUUUACAACUGUAGUGUUCACCAAUCCUGCCUGUCCUGUGUGAAUGGGUCCUUCCCUUGCCACUGGUGUAAAUAUCGUCACAUUUGUACUCACAAUGCAGCUGACUGUUCCUUCCAGGAAGGGCGUGUCAACAUGUCUGAGGACUGUCCGCAGAUCCUUCCUUCUACUCAGAUCUACAUCCCCGUGGGUGUGGUGAAGCCCAUCACCUUAACAGCGAAAAACCUGCCACAGCCCCAGUCUGGACAGCGCAACUAUGAGUGCAUCUUCCAUAUCCCUGGCAGCCCCACACGUGUCACUGCCUUGCGCUUUAACAGCACCAGCAUCCAGUGCCAGAACACCUCGUAUUUCUAUGAAGGGAAUGACAUUAGUGACCUUCCAGUGAACCUUUCUGUGGUGUGGAAUGGAAAUUUCAUCAUUGACAAUCCCCAGAACAUCCAAGCUCACUUAUACAAGUGCUCAGCUCUCCGUGAAAGCUGUGGAUUAUGUCUCAAGGCAGAUCCACGCUUUGAGUGUGGCUGGUGUGUGUCAGAAAAGCGAUGUUCAUUGCGCCAGCACUGCCCAGCCUCUGAGAGCAGCUGGAUGCACGCCAGCAAUGGAAAUAGCCGGUGCGCAGAUCCCAAAAUCACUAAGCUGUUUCCUGAAACGGGCCCCCGUCAGGGUGGGACUCGUUUGACUAUCAUCGGCGAAAACCUUGGUCUGAAGUUCGAGGAUGUACGCAGUGGUGUAUGGGUUGGCAAAGUGAUAUGCAUUCCCAUUGAGAGCGAAUAUAUCAGUGCUGAGCAGAUUGUCUGUGAGAUUGGAGAAGCCAGCCCCAGCAAAACCCAAGAUGCUCCUGUAGAAGUCUGUGUUAAAGACUGCUCUCCCAGCUACAAGGCAGUUGCUCCAAAAAGCUUCACUUUUGUGACUCCUACUUUCUCACAAGUGAUUCCAGCCCGUGGUCCUCUCUCAGGGGGCACCUGGAUCAGCAUCAAGGGAAAGCACCUCAAUGCAGGAAGUGACAUCGCCGUGACCAUUGGUGGCCAACAAUGUACUUUUUCAUGGAGAAAUGCUGGUGAAAUUCGAUGCAGGACACCUCCUGGCCAAGUUCCAGGGGAAUCGCCCAUUCUCAUCCAUAUAAACCGAGCCAUACUUAGCAGUCCGGAUGUGAUGUAUUACUAUACUGAAGACCCCACUAUUCAGAAGAUAGACCCUGAGUGGAGCAUCAACAGCGGUGGAACAUUGUUGACUGUGACAGGCACCAAUUUGGCCACUAUUAAGGAACCCAGGAUUCGAGCCAAAUACGGCAAUGCUGAGGCAGAAAAUAACUGUACUGUCCAUAAUGAUACCACCAUGGUAUGCUAUGCUCCCUCCAUUGACAACCCAGUCCGGAGCCCCCCAGAACUUGGUGAUCGCCCAGAUGAGAUCGGUUUUGUCAUGGAUAACGUCCAGGCCUUGCUGAUCAUCAACAAAACCAACUUUGUCUAUUACCCAGAUCCUGUGUUUGAGCCUCUUCCUUCUGGUAUGCUAGAGCUUAAGCCAAGCUCCCCUCUCAUCCUCAAGGGUCGGAACCUGGUUCCUCCAGCAUCUGGGAAUUCCCGACUAAACUACACUGUUCUAAUUGGCGACACUCCUUGUGCCCUUACGGUUUCUGAGACCCAACUUCUUUGCGAGUCACCAAAUCUCACAGGACAACAUAAAGUGACGAUCAAGGCUGGAGGGUUUGAAUUCUCCCCAGGGACCCUGCAGAUUUACUCAGACAACCUCUUGACCUUGCCAGCCAUAAUUGGUAUUGGAGGGGGUGGGGGUCUUCUCUUGCUCAUCAUCAUCAUUGUCCUCAUUGCAUACAAACGGAAGUCCCGGGAUGCUGACCGUACACUCAAACGUCUCCAACUGCAGAUGGACAACUUGGAAUCCCGUGUGGCCUUGGAGUGCAAGGAGGCAUUCGCUGAGCUGCAGACUGACAUCCAUGAACUGACCAAUGACUUGGACGGGGCUGGUAUUCCCUUCUUGGAUUAUCGCACCUACGCCAUGAGAGUCCUUUUCCCUGGAAUAGAAGACCAUCCAGUUCUGAAGGAAAUGGAGGUCCAGGCAAAUGUGGAGAAGUCCUUGACCCUCUUUGGGCAGCUCUUGAACAAAAAACACUUCCUCCUGACCUUCAUUCGCACCCUGGAGGCACAGCGCAGCUUCUCCAUGAGGGACCGGGGCAAUGUGGCCUCUUUAAUCAUGACGGCCCUGCAAGGUGAGAUGGAGUAUGCCACUGGAGUGCUCAAGCAGCUCCUUUCAGACCUGAUUGAAAAGAAUUUGGAAAGCAAGAACCAUCCCAAGUUGCUUCUAAGACGGACCGAGUCAGUGGCUGAAAAAAUGCUGACAAAUUGGUUCACGUUCCUUCUGUACAAGUUCUUAAAGGAAUGUGCAGGCGAACCUCUGUUCAUGCUAUACUGUGCCAUCAAACAGCAGAUGGAGAAGGGACCUAUUGACGCCAUCACUGGAGAGGCCCGAUACUCCUUAAGUGAAGAUAAGCUCAUCCGUCAACAAAUUGACUACAAAAUGUUGACACUGAACUGUGUGAACCCUGAAAAUGAAAAUGCUCCUGAGAUCCCAGUGAAGGUUCUGAAUUGUGACACCAUUACACAAGUGAAGGAAAAACUUCUGGAUGCAGUGUACAAAGGAGUGCCAUACUCCCAGCGACCCAAAGCAGGAGACAUGGAUCUGGUGAGCACGAUCCCCAGUGACCCCAUGCCCUUCUCUUCCAUCGGUGCAGAGUGGCGGCAGGGCAGGAUGGCUCGGAUAAUACUGCAAGAUGAAGAUGUAACCACAAAGAUCGACAAUGACUGGAAAAGGCUCAACACCUUAGCCCAUUACCAGGUGUGGUUGUCCACUGAAUUUAGCCAUAGAGGUAUGGCAGAAGAAAGCAGACGACUGAGUGUAACAGAUGGUUCCUCAGUAGCACUUGUGCCCAAGCAGAAUUCGGCCUACAACAUUUCUAACUCCUCCACCUUCACCAAAUCACUCAGCAGAUACGAGAGUAUGCUCCGGACAGCCAGCAGCCCCGACAGCCUCCGUUCUCGGACCCCAAUGAUCACUCCUGACCUGGAAAGUGGCACCAAGCUGUGGCAUCUGGUGAAGAAUCAUGAUCAUAUGGACCAGCGUGAAGGUGACCGUGGUAGCAAGAUGGUCUCAGAAAUCUACUUGACCCGCCUGCUAGCUACCAAGGGGACCUUGCAGAAGUUUGUUGAUGACCUGUUUGAGACCAUUUUCAGCACAGCACAUCGAGGGAGUGCCUUGCCUCUGGCCAUCAAGUACAUGUUUGACUUCCUGGAUGAACAAGCUGAUAAGCACCAGAUCAAUGACUACGAUGUCAGGCACACUUGGAAGAGUAAUUGUCUACCUCUGCGUUUUUGGGUGAAUGUGAUUAAGAAUCCCCAGUUUGUGUUUGAUAUUCACAAGAACAGUAUUACUGAUGCCUGCCUAUCAGUGGUGGCUCAGACAUUCAUGGACUCCUGCUCAACUUCUGAGCACAAGCUAGGGAAAGACUCCCCCUCCAAUAAACUACUGUAUGCCAAGGACAUCCCCAACUAUAAGAGCUGGGUAGAAAGAUAUUAUGCAGAUAUUGCUAAAAUGCCAGCAAUCAGCGACCAAGACAUGAGCGCUUACCUGGCAGAACAGUCCCGGUUACACCUGAGCCAGUUCAACAGUAUGAGUGCGCUUCAUGAGAUCUAUUCCUACAUCACCAAGUACAAGGAUGAGAUUUUAGCUGCUUUAGAAAAGGAUGAACAGGCCCGAAGACAACGGCUGCGGAGUAAGUUGGAGCAGGCAAUUGACACAAUGGCCCUAAGUAGCUGAAAAGACCGAGACAGUGCUGCAGACUUCCCUAGCAGUGGAUACUGAGACACAGAGAUUGAGAGAGAGAAAGAAAAGAAGGCAAGCUGGUUGCGGCUGCAAGAAAGCAAGCAAAAAUUCAUUGGGGCCAAGGACAAAAUUGCAGACUCUGCUGCGUCUCCAAACACUUUACACCAACAGACAGCUAGAACUUAAAACCACCAUUGUCAAAAUGAGGUGGAACCUAUUAUGUAAAGACUUUGGAAAAGAGUGACGUAGCAAAGCACCGGAAGGACCCCAAGAGAUGCGCAAGGAGGGCCAGGGAAAGGAUUCCAGCUCAAGCGCCACUGCCCCCCUCCCCAAUCCCCCAAGGCCUGUUCCAGAUCUGGCAGCAGAAGGUUGGGGGCUUCACUAAUGUCUAGGACAAUGUUCUCCCAUUAUGGUUUUCCUGUAGCAGGCGGGUGGGUAGACAAAUUAUUCCCCCCCCCCCUCUUCUGCCCUUACUUCCUUUCCCACCUGGCCUGGAAAACUCUACUCUUGCUCUUCUCUUCCUUCCUCCCUCUCUGGCCUACUGCCUCUAGUGUUAACUGCUAUAUUUGCACAAUUUCCACAAGCUAGAUUUUUUUUAAGGAUUCAAAAUAUAAGGGUAGGGGAGAGGUUCUAAAUUUUCAACAAAAACUUUGCAGGAUCUUUUUUUUUUAAAUGAAAGAAAGGACCAUUAUUUGGUUGGGAGAGAGAUGAGGGUGAGUGGGACCAAGAAAACAGUCCCAGGAUCUUUUUUUCUUCCUAUGCUUUGCCCUGUGCCAUGUUUUGUCUGAGUGUUGAUUAGCACAGGCCAAAAAGACACUCUCUUUUUAAGUGCUGCUAAAGAGGGUUCAGGAGGUUGAGAGAGAGGAGAAGGCCAAAAAAAAAAACUCUUAGAAGGUGAAAUGCAUAUGUGGCAAGCCCAAGAGAGAGAUCUUUCCCAUUUAUUGCAACAAGCCUUACUUUGUGGAAAGUGCCACACUUCACAGAAAAGUUCCUACUUUGUCUUUUAUAUAGACAAGACAGGAUGUGUUAUUUGUACUCUGAGCUUAGCAAUUCUUCAGAAGCUCUCUUUGCCCCCCUCUACUUGUAAGCGGAUUUCCCAGCUCCAUAUAUUACCUUAAACACCUGCAGGGCAUUUUGAAAUAGGGACACUUCCAAACAACCAUUUCAGCCACAUGUAGGCACAGUAAAUGGAGAUGAUGACCAUGGGAACCAAUCCUCAGUAUUCCCUCUUCCGUUGGAAAGGAAAGGCUUCUUAAGUAGCAGAUACAGUAGCACAUGAUAGAGUCUGGGCCACACAGGAAUCCUAGUCCCAACUUCUGUCUGAGUUCAGUCAUUUGUCCUCCCAUUCCUUUGGUGUGGCAGACUUAAGUUACAUGGGCCUACACAGAGUUAUCAUGAGGGCAGCUUCCAUCCAAAGAGAUGAAGAACAAAUGGUGAUCCAUCAUGGAUUCAUAGAAUCAUAGAGAUCAGAAGGGCCUUAUGGGCCAUUAGAUUGAGCCCCAACACUGUUGAACACCAUAUAGUAGAGGGUUAUCCCUUUUGUUUUGUGUUUUUAUAGGGGUGCGUGUGUGUGUGUGUGUCUAAGUGUCCUUCUUUCAACUAUUUGUUUAUACAUCUUCACAUUUUUAGCAGAUGCAGAGCAUCUCUCAAAACAAGUAGGGCCUUAGACAAGAGGAAUUGUUAGGUAACAGAAGAAGUCUUGUCAAUAACAAAAUAAUUGGAAUCAAUUGCAAGACUAGUUGCACAUUCUUUGGGUUCAGCCAGUAGGAAAAGUGGAAGAUAGUCCAAGAGAAAGAAAGAGUGGCAUCCAGUCUAGAGAAAAGAAGAACGCAUGGCACACAAUAGUUGAGUAGCUCUCUUUUAUUUAUGUUUGUGUGGGGAAGAAGGCAUAUUUUAGAUUAUUUCAUUUCAGGAAUGUUUCAAAUGUCACAUUCAAGUAUAUUCUUCAUAGCUUGUUUUGAUUAUUUUGGCUUCCAACCUUACUGGGGAACAGAAAAUAAUCUAAAUUAGGGCAGUGCAAUCAUCCACUACCAUGCUGCAGUUGGUUAUCAGCUGCAUCUGGACUUUGUCGUCUUUGCUUACACAAUCACUUCCAUUACAAGAGGCCCGGAGUUGGUACUGUGAAAGAGCAGCAAGGGGUAUAGAAGCAGAUCUUACUGCCGUUCGUUUCCUUCACAUAAUUCAUAAUACCAUAAUGCAGUCAGGUGCUUCCAGUGCGGCUACUGGCAAAAGUACUUUUAUUGUUCCCAUAAUGUUCUCCAGAAUGUCGUGUAGAUUUGGAAAAUAUUUUGCGUUCAUUAAUUUUGUACAGGCUCACCACUUCACUCCUAAAAAAAACGCCAGAAAUUCCCUCUUGUGUCUCCAAAUUUUGUACAGCUAUCACUAAAACACCAUCUUAGAAAUGUGAAUUCUCUCCUGUUUAAAAGGGGCCUUUUACUUCUCAUCUACAUUAGCAUUUCAACUGGGCAAAUGUAGCAAAGCAUCACAAUGUGUUGUCAUUGUUCCUGCGUUAUGAAUGUUGUCUACAUUCCACAGUCUACAUGCUGUCCUUCCAUAAUUCGACCUUAAAUUGUACCCUGGCCUUCAAGACCUGUAUCACAAGGAAGGUCACUAAAAAUAAAUCCAUAAGAUAAGUUUCCAAUGCAAUGAAUGGAGCAUUUCUGAAGAUUCUGGAAUGAGCAUUUGGCUUGGACUUCAACAUUAAGGAAAAGUCAAUACUUGUGAGAGACACAACCCGUCUGAAGAUCUCAUCAGGGUGUUCCUAAAAUCUAUUUCCUAAUACAUCUCUCUCUUUUUUGCUAACCUUUUGCCAUUCUAUUCAGUACUCUGUUUCAGCUGACAGUGCUGUUGUCUGUCUGUCUGUCUAUCUAGAACAGGGGUGUGACAUUUCAGUUUUACUGAGUUUUUUCAAAUCUCAUUAUGCAUUUCCACCCAUUCUUUAUUUGUACUGGGUUGUGAAACCUUGUGCUUUCUUUCCACAGUGAAUUCAUUCACAUUUUAAUGCAUUCUUCCUAAUGUGCCUGUGUAGUCGAGUUUACAUAAUUUGUGUGACUUUUCCCCAUGGACUAAAAUGUGUUUGCACCAGAGUCUUUUAAUUGUUCCCAUUCUGAACUGACUGAACUUUUUGGUCCACAAUUUAUUUCUUGGAAAUGGCCUAUAAACCUCACAAAUGUGCAAGUGCUUGAAGCAAGAUAUGCAUUUUCUCACAAAAAUAUUUGAGAGAUGCAAAUAUGUUGCUUUUACCACAGUUGUAGAGCCCAACCUUAAUUCAGAAGUAAUUUGUACUGAGUUUAGCGGAACAUACUCCCAGAUAAGGAUGUAUAGAAUCGCAGCUGAACACCCUCAGUUCAGUUUCUCUUAAUACAUGGCUUUUAAGAUUGUUUUAAGUUUACCAGUGUCAUGAAGCCACUGCCCUGCUUCAACUCAGAUGCUCAAAUCCACCAGAUUGCCCACCCUCACCACUCCCGCAUCCAGAUGUUCCUAUCUCAGCCUAGGUCAUAUUGAAAGAGAGGCUAUUCAAGGUCACACGAAGCCUAGACCCGUCUAUUCCCUUAGAGUGCAAAUAAGGGAAGGAGAGGGAUGUAAUGUAGUUUUUAAUUAAAAUUUAAAAUUGUGUGUGUGUGUAUAUAUAUAUAUAUAUAUAUGUUGUUACAAUCUAAUUCUUGUACCCCAGUGGGGUACUGUAUAGUUAACUGAAGGAGAUCAAACCAAUAUCAAACAUGGUUUUUACACAAGCAGUGGAAAAUACCAAAAUGGGGGGCGGGGAAUCAAAUGUGUCUCAUCAAGCAGAACAAUCUCUUGAAGCCUAUAUACAUCUCAGAUUGCUUUGUAAUUUUGUUUUUAGCCUUUUUAAUUAUUAUUUUUAAUUAAAGAGGAAGAAGAAGAGGAGAUAAAUAAACAUAAAACAAAACAAAAAACCACCUGUGGAGUUAUGAGAUGUCUGGAUCCAUAGGAACUGUGGGCUGUUGCAUGACUGUGCUAGAGUUUAGUCUGAGUUGAUCUUUUUUAAAAAAGAAAAAAAAAUGCAAGUGUUGAAUACUAGAGGUUUGUUUAGACCUUUUUAUUUUUGAAAUUUUGGAAUUAAUUUGUCACUUCUUGUACAACAAAAGAAUUAGAAUUAACAUCAACUGUUUCCUUCUGGAAAAAUGGUACUCCAAAAGCCUUAAAGGACAGCUAAAGGUGUUGCUGCAUACAAGAUAUUGUAAUUUUUACAGGUUCCCCUCCCUGGACUUGGUUUAAAGUGUACUUGGGAGCAUAAACACUGCAUGGAUAAAAGAGGUAGGGCCUUGAUCUCUCUCAGCUUGAUGUAAAUUGGCAUUCCUUUAGGAGAAACAAAAGUACAGUCCUGACUUUACAGAAGUAAGUAGCCAACCAAUCCUUUAUCUGUUUUGAUUUACUUUCGAGAACUAGUUUGACUGAACCAGGAAGAAAAAGCUCUUCAUCUCAAGAGCUCUCCACUUAGGCACCCAUCCUAUCUAGGCACUCAGCAGUAGCAAUAACUUGGAAGACAUUAGAAAAAAAUGUAGACAUUUGCUUACCUCAAAUGCACAGCUUUCACAUAGGGAUUUCUUUACAGCAAAAACAGUGUGGAUGUCUCAGACUUGGAAUAACCUGAAAGACCUGAGAAAAAAACAAAGUGGACCAGUUGCAGGAUAGGCACUGGGAUGUAUCCCUUUCUGACAGUACUAAGUCAGUGAAUCUCUCUUAUACCACCAUCUCUGUUACUGAAUGAACCAUAAUUAUGUAGAACAGUGGUUCUCAACCUGUGGAUCCCCAGGUGUUUUGGCCUACAACUCCCAGAAAUCCCACACAGUUUUCCAGCUGUUAGGAUUUCUGGGAGUUGAAGGCCAAAACAUCUGGGGACCCACAGGUUGAGAACCACUGAUGUAGAAGGACCAUAGGAAAAGGUAUCAUUGAUCAAUUGACACCAAAAACGUGAGCAAUGUGUAGGAAGAUCAGCAUUCUUUCCCAGAUGCUUCCUGUGUGUUCCUUGUGUCUCUGGCUUGAAUUCUAUGGAUUGCAUAUGUUACCAUAAUAUAUCAUUACUUUAGUAUAUGUACUCUGCAGAUCAUUUCAGAAGGAAAUAUUUGUUACCUACUUGCACAGUGACUCCCUUUCACUGUACAACCUCAGUUGCAGGUAUCAUGACAUACUUCACUACCAAACACUGGCAGGUAGGAGCAUGGAAAUCCUAAUUACCACCCAGUUUUAAUUUUGCAGUUAGGAAAAAGUCAUACAGAACUCCAGGCAGAUGGUACCCAGUUCUUUCCAUCCACCCACUUGGCUAUAAAGAUGUGCCCUAGGAACAGAAGGGGGAGCCAGACUCUGUGCUAUCUGGACAUUAAGUUCAUAUUUGUUAUUUGCAAAAACGUUGAAGGUACCUAGGUGAGCACGACUGUGGUAAGAUUUACAUUCAGCAUCUGAGAAAGACUCAUAUUCAACAUCUUGGAAAGCGUGUCUUAGUAUGUGGAAGGCAGGUUAAGUUUGUUAUGCGAAUAUUUAAAGACCAAGGAGUCAAAAGGAGUUGUUGACUUCUCUCUCAACUCUUACACUGCUUAUUGAGGUGUGACUUCCUUCAUUUUGUUGAUUUGUAUAAUUGCCAUCUUUUGAUAAUCUACUCAGAAGUUUGCCUAUGGCAGAGGGGGCUGUGUUUGCAUUUGACACUGUUGAAGUUAGUCACAUUUCGGCCAGGGAAACCAAGCCAAUGGCUUUAUAGACAAUCCCUAAGACAGAGGAAAAAUUCAGUAGCUUUCCUAUAGGCAGAGGGGAGAGGGAAAUGGCAAAUAGACACACAGUCUAAAAAGUGACUUUUUUCUUACCCUGAUGCUUGCUAUACGAGAAAUCAACAGCUACUGUUUAUGUGAGUAGAUAUUCCUCCAUAAUGUUCAGAGGAUUCAUAUGGAACAACUGUUGAUAAUCUCAAUAUACUUUUACUUCCUCAAUAAGGUUUUUUUUUCAUUCAUACUACUAGACUGCCUCCAUCCAUUUUUUUCUGGAAUAGUUAACUUUUAUUCUAUAGAGCAUUCAGGCAAGACCAUUGUGAAAUCACUACAAUUCAUUAUUUUUGAAACUGUUCUUGGAUUGAUGGGGUUUCUCCCCACCCCAGUCCAAUUGGUUCAGGGUGGACAGAUAAGAAUGCUAUUGAAGCUCUUAAGUUUCUCUGCCCUUUAUUUAUUUAGCCUGUUUUUACUGGGAAUGGCCUCCUCUUGAUCAAGGUUGGAGGAUUAGCAAUGAAUUAUCUAUGGAAUUGGCUCAAUAUCUGUUUCCAGAGUCUACAGCAUAUUUUUAGUGAUUUUCUAUCAUUUAUUUUAUAGAGAUAGGAAGGUUAGCAUUUUGCAUGGAUUCAUAAACUAAACCUAUAGGUUUAGUUUAUGAAUGCAUGCAAAAUGCCAGCCUUUCACAGAUGUAUCCAUAAGUACCCCUUAUUUUAUAAGACUGUAUAAAUGCCUGCCAAGCCCACAAGCAGAACCAGCAGCCACAUCAGUUCUCAAUCAAGUAGCAAGGAGAAUGACAUUUCCAGCCUCCUCCCACCCACAAAUAGGGUGAUGAGGAAUUGUGACAAGGGUCCUCUUUCUUACUGUUGCCGACUUGCUCACUAGUGAGCUCAUCUUUCUUGACAUCAUCUUGGAUAGUUAUCUUCCUUCAGCUCUGAUCAGCAAUUGAACAAACUUCAUGAUAUACUGGUGGUUAGCCAGGAGACAUUACUUAGGUUACCCAUACAUAACAACGUAGCUGGAGUAGAAUAUUAGCAGAAAUCACUAAUAGCGUUCUCUCUCCUUCUUUAAAAAGACGCUUGACACCGAGAAAUUUAGAAGAGGAUAUCCUUAGUAAUAGCCUAUUCAUUACCAAUUUCCAAGCCUGAAUUCUUUGGGAAACAUUGCAACAAAAAGGAAAAAUGUAAUUAACUUUACUUGAACUUUUUUUUUGGAGUGGGGUUCUGAAAUUAAUAAAAAAAUACAGAAGGAUUAGGUCACACGGUCUUCACGGAUAAUGUAAAGCAAUGUUAAGGACCUCUUUUAAUUAUUUUUCAAUAAAGAGCUAUAGUGUGGACUGGAAGCAAACUACCUACACUACAGUUGGAUCUCAGGUGGAUUUUUCUCCCACCAUUGCACCCAGUUUGAAAGAAUGAGUUGUUUUCCAUUUGUCUUAAUUUAAACCAACAUUCUAGACAUCACUUUAGUAGACAACAUAGUGUUUUUAACUGGAGAGAAAUAGUUUUGAAAAUGGUAUUUUUGUGGAGUCCUGAAAUUUCAUCUCCUUUUUUUCUGCUGGAAAGCUAUGGUGCUAAAUCACACAAUACAUGAUAUUAACUUUCAGUGUUUUUCUAAGCUGUCUUGACGUUUUAGAAAUUACAAAUUCCCCCUACAAUCACCCACAAACUGUUUUUGGCCUCUUGUUGCUGAUCCGGCCCUUGUUAUACUGCACUCUUAUACCCAUGUUCAGAACGAAUAUCCCUCUGAGUAGCCAAAUGCUGAGGGCAGGCCAUGGAAUGAGAGCUGUUUUCGUUCAUGUGCUGCUUGUGAACUUUCUUGAAACAGUGAUCUGGAGGAACUUUUUGUCUUCAUUGGUGCUUCCCUAAACCUCUUCCUUCUACUGCCAUGUCUUUUCUUCUUUCACUUAUUUCCCAUCAGGAACCAUUCUAACAUAGCCAUUUGGUUUCAUCCCCAUUAGAAGUGGAAUUAACAGUGUGAGAAGGAGCAAGAUGUCAAAAAUUCCCACAAGUAUAAAUAUUUUAUUAGCGCUUUUUAUCUGGUUAUGUUGACCCUUACACAUCAAUGCAUACAAACACCCUCUCAGGAUAAUGCUGCCAGAGGCUUUGGCUGCAAUGUUGAAUCCCCUGGUGUUUCUUUAAUUUUUCAAGCCUUUGAUUAUGUGCGUGAAUGUAAUUAGCAGCUUAGAAGACUUUUGAUCUGCAUUUCAAUGCUCAAAUGAUCAUAUGCGAAACAAAGCUUUACAUGUAAGCUGUUCAUGCCUUGGGUCAAGAUAGCAUUCCACUGAAGUACUGUGAUGUAUUGGACAUUAAGUGAUGGUUAGCAGAAUUAAGCAAAAAAGAAUCAAAUGUUGUGGCUUUAAAAUGGAGACAGAAAUUAAGACUCUCUUGUUGGGAAAGCUUGUAAAUGAAAUACCUCUUUAUCAUUUUGAGUACCAUGAGAACCUAAAUGGACUGCACCAGUAGGAUAUGCUGUCAUGUGCCCUCUUGCCCAAGUAUCCUGAGAAAUGCUAGGUCUUACCAUAAGUUAAUAAGGAUAUUUAAAAUUAGAAACAUAUUUCACCUUUUGGUUUCCUUCAUUUUUCAGCCAAGCACCAAACUUUUUCAUUCUCAGUCAUAUUACUGGGAAUCCACUUGCAGCAAAGGCAUGAGUUCCAAGCAUUAGUGAUGUCUAGACAAGGUCCCCAUUAUUUGAAUAUUCCCCAAGAAAUAUAGCUUUCUGUUUUUCUAGUUUUGUGAAAGUUGUUCAUUAAAAUGUUUUCUAAUACUUCACCACCUCCUUUCUGCCCUCAGCUCCACCUCUCCCAAAUUAACAUUUUGGUGAAUGAGGACAGGGCAGUCUGGGAGUUAGUUUGAUGGGCAGCUCGCUAGACUAAGCUGAAGAUUUAGGCUGUGGACAGAGCUAGUUCCAUCUCAGAGUUAUGGGGAUGAAUAGGUCCAAAACCAAAUUGUUCUCUUUGAAGUUGGCUUGACUCAACUAAUAAGGAAGGUGUCCGGGGAUUUUCUUCUGCCUGGAUUCUCUUCACAUAGUUUGCACACAUUUAAGACUGAAAGAGCCUAAGUUCAGAAUGUGAGACCAGGCCUCAAUCUCCUCCAAAGAGUCCCAGGUGCCACCAAGAAAAUGUACACAACAAAGAUAUUAGGUCAUAGUAAAAUACUCCAGUGCACACACCAGUUGUUUAAUUUGGAUUGUUUGCACAGCUUGUGUUGGUCCUUCUACUGUCUGCCAGGCAGACAGACCAAAGGAUUAGCAUGGCCUCCAAUCAUCUCAUGGUGUUUUUGGGAAGACAGGGUAGGUUUAUGUUGCACAUCUGAUCUGAGGUGGGAAAUGAGCAGGCUGAAUUCCAAGUUGAAGGUCUGAGAGCAGCCUCAAAUGGACAGAAUGAGGAGUAAAACAAUAAUGUGGAGCACUAGGUGCUUAGUAAGGCAUUCCCCCAUUCCAGUGGUUUCCCAACUAGAGCCAUCGCCAUUCUCCCUUAAAUUUAACUCACACAUACAAACACUAUAGAGCCUGCUACUCUCUCUUCUUUCCAAGGAAUGUCAAGACCACAGUUAGCUGUCCUUUAAAAGCAGGGAAGGGGGUGGCAUGGGAGGGGAGGAGGAGAAAAAACAAUAAGAAACAAAGAAUUUUAAUAGUAAAACUUUAAAAAAUAAAGAAAAUCAUAACUUUAUGUGAUUGUUUCAGACUUGAAGCAACUGUGCCAUUGUGGCAGGUCGGCACCCUUUGAUUGUGUAAAUAUCCUGCUAUUUCCUAUUUUAAUGUUCUUCAGAUUUAGUACUUGUAAAUAAACACACGCAUCAAGGAGAGAUUAAACAUUUUUGCUAUAUAA